GACGUAGACGAAGAUCUUCCUUUGAGUUUGUUCCUCUUCUUAUUUUGCUACCGAUUUCUCACUUCAUCGCCUACCUCCCGCUUCGUUUUCCACCUAACCCUUCAUGGCUCUCAACCCAGGUGCUCACAGAUGAGAUUGGCGAGAGGGAACAAAUAAGUGCCAUGCAGCUUCAUUGUUGUUCCUCUGCUUUGCAAAGAAAGAGGUUUGACAUGCUGUAUAGAAGGCAAUAAUAAGGCUUGCCACUCUUUUGGAUUGGCAUUGCGGUCGAUAUUUUUGUUGCGAAGACGUUAUCGGCUUACUGACUUUAGGGCUCUGGUCCAUUCAGUUAAGUUGGUACCGUCUUUGCAUCAUGCCAUAUUAUAUUCAGAGACUCUAUAAUCUGUGCAAAUCAUCUCUUUCGCCCAAUGGACCUCUUUCCGAAGAAGCCCUCGAAAAAGUUCGCACUAAACUAGAGAAAAUUAAGCCUGCAGAUGUAGGUCUAGAACAAGAGGCACAAGUGGUACGCAACUGGUCAGGUGCUAUGCUUGAGCGUAAUGUGGAUCAUCAGUCACUGCCACCAAUCAAAUACUUGCAUUUACAUGAAUGCGAUAGUUUCUCUAUGGGAAUCUUUUGCAUGCCGCCUUCCUCUAUCAUACCUCUUCAUAAUCAUCCAGGAAUGACUGUGUUGAGCAAGCUUAUAUAUGGUACUUUGCGUGUUAAUUCAUAUGACUGGCUUGAUUUACCCGGGUCUGCCGAUCCAUCAGAAGCAAGACCGGCGAAACUGGUCAGAGAUGAUGAGAUGACCGCUCCUUGCCCGGCAACAGUUCUCUAUCCCACAAGUGGAGGCAACAUCCAUAGUUUCAAAGCUAUAACUCCCUGUGCCAUAUUUGACAUUCUAGCUCCACCUUAUUCGUCUGAAGAUGGUCGACACUGCACUUAUUUCCGGAAGUCCUCAAGAAAAGAUCUGCCUGGUGAUGUUGAGUAUGAUGGAGUCACAGCUCCUCAAGUGACUUGGUUAGAAGAGUUUCAACCUCCCGACAACUUUGUGAUUCGGAGAGGGCUCUACAGGGGUCCUGUUAUUCGAACUUGAGAAUUCUCGUUUGGUUGUCUAUACGAUUUUAGUUAAAUUUGCUUCUCACGAUAGGAAACAUUGAGGGGGGAACUGUGGCAAAUGAGUUGUUGAAGCCAUGGCAAUAAUUAAUUUUUGGCUAUGUAAUUCGGCAUUGGGCUUGUACAUAAUAUUAUACCGUUGUGGCCUGAUUCGCUGACCUCACAUUGAAACUAGUAAAGUAGUCGCUGAAAGUUUAGGGGAAAGACUCGAGGAAAAUUUACAUUUUUGUUGGGAUUGUCUAAUUUUUGUCAAUAAAUAUGUGACCCUUCUAGCCUUUGUUGUA